CUCACUGGCUGGUUAUGGUUUGAAUUGAAAGCACAAAGCCGUCGAGCAGGAAAAGCUGCUCCAAACACACCCGCCUGUGGAAACACAGAGAGGCAGGACGAGGAGGCCCGGAGAGCUCGUGUACACUUUACUUACCUGCGCAGUUUUUACCAAAAGCGGCCAAAAAUGAGCAAAAUCUCGCAAUUUUUCAAGGGGGGCUCCAGCUCGAGUUCAUCGAGCUCCUCGAGGUCGAAACACCGGUCGAGAGGAGGACCUUCACCCCAGGAGGCCAUCAACAAACUGCGGGAAACAGAGGAAAUGCUGACGAAGAAACAAGACUACCUGGAGAAAAAGAUCGAGCAGGAACUUAUGAUAGCCAAGAAACAUGGCACAAAAAACAAGCGAGCUGCCCUGCAGGCCUUGAAGAGGAAGAAGCGCUAUGAGCAGCAGCUCACGCAGAUCGACGGCACGCUCUCCACCAUCGAGUUUCAGAGGGAAGCUCUGGAGAACUCGCACACCAACACAGAGGUCCUGAAGAACAUGGGCUACGCCGCCAAGGCCAUGAAGAAGGUCCACGAAAACAUGUAAGAACGUGGCCUUUAAAACAACAAACACUUUCAAAGAUUUUGGUUAAGUUGCAUCUUCUUACUUGGAAAGUGCAGAUUUGGAAUAUAGCACCAUCGGUUACCUAAAAGUCCUGACAUGAUGUUGAUAACAGUUCAUUUAAAGACAUUUUGUGUUAGUUUUGAGUGGGAAUUUCAUGUUCGCAAAUAGAAAAUACCAGGAAUAUUAAUUUUUAUCCAUAAAGCUACAAGAGAAAUCAUCAAAUUGGGACAAAAAAAGUACAAAUUGGUGGGUUGUCUAAGGUAAACUAUCAUUACUACAAAGAACCAUUGUUUGUUUUUUAUUAGACACAUA